CUGUCCUCAUAUAUAUAUUGAGAGUAGAGCGGAAGAUUGAUUUAAGGCGCCGGAUUUUAAGAAGAUCAGUUAGUACAUUCCGCGAUCGUGUUUUAGAAAGAUCUUGGUGAAGCUGGUAGAGUUUAGUGCGUUAAUCGAAUAAUUGACUACUAAGAUGCGGUGGUCGUUGUCAACUUGUGGGGUAGUCCUAACCCUUUUAGCGUGUACAGCGCACGGGAAGCCUGGGGGCCACGUUACCGAAGAGCGGCGCGAAUAUUAUCAAAAAACAUCGAAGGUGAUCGACUCCCCUAUUAUUUUCCACGGCGAUGGAGAUGCACACAGUUUUUCAUCCAGCAGCGGAGCCCUGUCCUCUUCUUGGGCGCGCAGUCACAUGGAUGAAAUCAGGAAAAUGGCAGAUAGGCUCCGAUCUGAAUAUAAUAUUCGUGCUCACCCUGGUGCCGGUGGUCGAAGCGGAUACCAUGCCCGCCAUGAAUUUUCAAGUGGAUCAACAUUUGAUUUUCCCAGCUUUGCGGGCAAAAGCAAAGAGGAAUUGGAUAUGAUUACGCGCCAAAUGACUGAAAAAAUGAUAGCGGAUAUGAAAAGCGGAAAACUACUCUAUAGCCAAAUAACACAACCAAACUACUUCGAAAGCCAAGCAGCUCAACAAUUGGAAUCAAUGAGCCAGUCACGAGAUUUUAGCAGCCAACAACAACAGACAGAAGACGUCCAACAGCAAAGUCAAGAUGUUUUCGGGGCUGAAGAUUUUAGGCAAGUUCCACAGACAAUCGGUGGCGGUGGAUAUCACAGAACUUCCGAGAAGAAACACUUCGAAUACACUUCAUCAUCUCAUGGUGGAUACCAGCCGAUACCCACGUAUGCUACUGAAGUCGAAGAUCUAAAUCGAAGAGAAGAACAAAGUUCGGUUGCUUAUCCCACAACAGUUACAAUUAUUGGUGGAAAACGCUAUGUAACGAAGAAAAACUGCUCCACCAGCAGCUCAACGCACGGAUCACGUUCGCCAUUUUACACGAACUAUAGGACACGAACCUCACAGGACAUUCAGAAAAUACUUGACCACGGUCGAACAGUCCCGAUUGUUGUAGAUCAGUCGCAAUCCAGUUAUAAUAAAGAAGACAGCACUUACAGCAAGCAACAAGAACAGCAAACAGUUCCAGUUUAUCCUGGGUCAUAUUUCACUGAUGACCACUACGAUUCUCAGUUGAGCCAAAGUGUUGAUCAAAAUAUUCCAACUCAAAGCCAAGUUCAAGGUCAAACCACGGAGACCCGUGAAAGUUCUCAAUAUAAUCGCCACUAUCGACCGAUUCCUGUUGGAGGAACAAGUCAAACAAUUACGAGCAGCUCAACAACUGUUAGAGAACGUGAGAAUCAGCGAGUUCCUGUAGUUAUCCCAUCUCAGCAAACAAUAACUUCAUCCUCAGAAUCUUUCAGCCAAACAGACUCUCAACGACAAAUACCCGUAGUAUAUCCGUCUUCCUCUUCAACACACCGAGAAAGCUCCAGUUAUGAGUCUACUCGAGAACACCAGGCGGUACCCCGGCCGACAUCUUCAACCUCCCGCCAUAGCAUUUACCAGCAUCUCCAGAAAGAAACAGACACAGUUCCUGACUACAAACCUGUUGUCAACAUAGACACGCAAACAAUCGAAUCAAUGAACCAAGAAUUGAAUAAGUACUACUCACAGAAGCCCUCAACUAUCGCCCAAACCAGUGAGUCUCAACGUGUUGAAGAGGACCGGCAGCUGCAACAAAGUGUACUAAUUCCGGAAAUCACAUUGACAAUUCAUGAACAAGAAGCUGCCGACAAGCUCAGGAACUACAACGUGCAACCAACUCAACCUACUGUAUCCACUUCCCAGCAAACGAUCACAGACGACCGACAGCAAUCUAGCAUUCAGUAUCGGCCCAGUUACCCUGCUUAUGGAAGUCAGAUCAAUAGGAAUGACACCGAAUUCCAUGAAAGAUAUGAAAGCCGCUAUCCUCAACAAGUUGCAACUGGAAGUACAUUCGAAAAGCAAGAAGAAGACCACUAUACCAGUCAAAAUCAACAACAGGUACCCAUUUUCGGCCAGACCUCUCAAAACGUAGAGGAAAUGAGUACCAGUGAAACGUAUCGAACUCGAGAGCAACAAACUCCCGUUGUCGUUGGUGGAUCCACCAGCUACCAGGAGAGUCACGAGGAACACUACACAGAUGAGCGUCAAAAACAAGUGCCACAAACAUAUCAAACAUCUGAAGAAACCAGUCAAACAGGCCAGACCACAACCUACCAUAGAAACCGGCCUGUAUAUGUAAGUGGUGCAAGUUCCCAAACUGUUGACGUAGAAGAUCAAACGCGAGAAUCUACUCAAUACCAGCAAUAUCCACAAAGCCAUCGCACAACGCAAACUACCUCUGAGAAAGAGGAGAGUCAAACAUCCCAAUCGCAAUAUCAUGGAAGCUCUCAACACACUGUACACUCGGAGGAUGAAACACGUGAUUCUACCCGAUAUACUCAGCAUCCUGUAGGUCAUCAAAACACACAGGUUACGUCCGAAACAGAAGAUUCAUAUUGGACAAGACAUCAUAGUCGCCCACAAGGAAGUCGUACAUCGCAAACUGAAACCGAAACUGCAUACAGUGAGAGCUCAAGGACUAGAUAUCCUCAAGGAGGUCAUCUGACAUCUCAGAGCACUGAGGAACAGGAAUUGCAGAGCGAAAGCAUCCAUCGUAGGCCCGGCCAGGUGGGAUAUACUGUAACCUCCCAAGUGAACGAGACAAGCUCAUCUUCAUCGACUGGAACGACAGCCGAAACUCAGCACCCUGUUGUCGUAGCAACAAGUCAGGAGGCUGCUGGCAGUGAAGAAGAUACGCAAGUUUUGGUUCAAACUGGUUACGGAGGUGCUAGUGCAGAAAUAAAUUCAAGCUCUAUUGAGGUACAUAGAGAAGGAGGUCAAUACCCGGCAGGAUCAGAUCGAAGCAGGCAGCAAGCUGGCUACGAGUAUGAAACACAUCACGCGCAAAAGCCUUAUGGAGGAGGUAUGCGACUGGAGCAUACUGAAUAUGGUUCUCAGGUGAAUAGAAAUAUGACUGCUGGUGGCGGAAAUAUUGGUUACGUAACCCACCAAUUAACAAUUGAACAACAAGAAGAGGAAUGGCGCCGGCAACAAGAAGAACGUCGUCGACAACAGCUGCUCAGCACUGGAAUUUUCGAGGAAUCUUCACUGAAUAGGACAAGCAGCUACGGAGGCAAUGGACAAGUUCAAAUUAAUAUUGCGCAGCAAGGAGUCUACGAUGGUGAUGAAGAUCGCCUCCGUAAUGGUACAUUACAUUUGGACAAGUCUCAAUAUGGAACUAGUGCUGAUUUAUCCUCGACCUCAACUUCUGGAACGGCCCCGGGUAAAAUAAUAAGCAAAGAUCGUGGUGAUCAGCCACCUCAACACUUUGAAGAAGAUUAUGACAUGAAUGAAGCUGAACCAGGAAUUGGAUAUUAUCCAUCUGAACCACAAAUAGCGAACCAACAUGUUCCAGCUUCGACUACCCCCAAAUAUUCGCCUCCUUAUAGAGCUCCUCUUGCUCCUUUCGAUUCUGAUAAAGAAAAAUUGAUUAACAGUCAACAAACAACCGUAGAAGUUGUGCCAACGGUAGCUGGAGAAACCGAAGUGCAAAGAUCAUACCAUAGGAAGAAGACCACAAUAACGCAAACUAUUCCAGUUCUGUUAGGACCUAAUGGGGAGGUUAUUCAGGGAAGCGGCUCGGCUACUGUAACAAGCGGAGCACAACAGCAGGGCAAUUAUCAAGUAUCCUCAUCAGGCGGUUACCAAUCCCAAGUUAGUGGUGGAGCUGUCACUGGUGAAAGUCUAACCCAACAGCAACAGAGCCAAGAUCAAAUUUACCAAAGUCAGUCGAGUUCACAUCAAUCGGCAGGAGGCCGAGUAGGCUACGGGUCCCAUGGAAGCCUUACGCAACAGGAACAAAAUCAAGAUCAAACAUACCAAAGCCAGUCGAGCUCACAUCAAUCGGCAGGCGGUCGAGAAAGUUACGGGUCUUUAGCCCAUGGCAGUCUUACGGGUGAAAAUCUAAUCCAAGAACAACAAAAUCAAGACCAAAUCUAUCAAAGUCAAUCCAGUUCUCAUCAACCAGCUGGGGGUCGAGGUAGCUACGGGUCUUCAGUCUAUGGCAGCGAAGCUCAUUACUCGAACAAACCCAGUUCUAGCUAUGCGGGAAGUGGCCAAUCUCGGUAUACCUCCGGAAGUUCAUCGUCAUCAGUCAGUUUCCAAAGUGGAGGAAGCUUCAGUCAUGCAAAUGCCUAUGGCCAUCAACAAGAAGAAGAUACUGAGGACGGUGGGCAACAACUCCAAGUUGGAGUAUUUGAAGUUGAUGGUGGCCAGCAAACAGAAGAUUUGACGCAACAGUUUGUCGAUGAAGGACAAGAAUCACAGAACUUGCAGCAGGAACUCGACGAUCUUCGUCAACGCGAAGAAUCCGAAAGUCAUGCAUCGUAUAGCCAAUCGGCCGAUGGAUCCGCUCAUGGCCAGCAAGCCGAAGGGCAAUCAGGCUAUUACCAAAGUCACUCCUCAUACUCAUCUAGUAGCAGCCAUGCUGGUUCUAGCAGUAGUAGUCAUGAUGGCUCAAGCAGCAGCAGCUCUUCUGCAAAUGCAGAAGCAACUCCUGCAGUGGCUCAGCAAACUGAAUCUGAACAGAAUCAGGAAAAACCAGGAUUUUGGAGGAGAAUUGGAAAAAAGGCUAAGGAUCUAUUUGGAUAAGCACCCUAGUUAUAGUGCUGCCACGAGGACGUCAUAGAACAUACCAAAAAACAUUUGUUAGUGAAUUGAAAGUUAUGGAGACAUUAAUUGCUCAAUUUGAGUGCUAUUUGCUUCAAUAUUUGCGUAUGAUUUGUAAAUAGUAUUCUUUAAAAUAAAAGGGAAAAAUAUUACUUCA